AUGAUGGCUUUUCUUAUAAUAUUUAUCUUACUUUUUAUUGGAACUUCAGAGACACAGGUUGAUGUCUCGAAUGCUAUUCCCGGGACGAGGUACAAUGUAACCAUUUCUUCAGUUUCUGCUACAACAUUUGGUACUCCUGUUAGUAAAAUGGUGACAACAAAUGUGACCAAUCCAGGGCCUCCCGUGUUCCUCGCAGGUGAAAGAGUAGGAUCCGCUGGAAUCCUGCUCUCUUGGAAUACACCACCAAAGCCAAAUGGAAGAAUUAAAUCAUACAUCGUUAAGUAUAAGGAAGUUUGCCCAUGGAUGCAAACCACCUAUACACAAGUUAGAGCAAAACCAGAUAGUUUGGAAGUGCUUCUUACUAAUCUUAAUCCUGGAACAACUUAUGAAAUUAAGGUGGCUGCUGAAAACAGUGCUGGUAUUGGGAUAUUUAGUGAGCCAUUUCUCUUCCAAACUGCAGAAAGUGCUCCAGGCAAAGUGGUAAAUCUCACUGUGGAGACCUUCAAUUAUUCAGCAGUCAAUUUAAUUUGGUAUUUGCCUAGGCAACCAAAUGGUAAGAUUACCAGCUUCAAGAUUAGUGUCAAGCAUGCAAGAAGUGGACUCGUAGUCAAAGAUGUCUCAAUUAAAGUUGAGGAUCUUCUGUCAGGGAAGUUACCAGAGUGUAAUGAGAACAGUGAAUCUUUUUUAUGGAGUACGACCAGACCUUCACCAACUUCUGGUAGAGCCACAUCUGCCCCCCGGGUCACAUAUAUGCCCAAUGCCCUGGCAAUGAGUCGAAAAAGUUCUGUGUGGAAUGAACCUAUAAGUUUUGUAGUAACUCACCUGAGGCCAUACACCACAUAUUUGUUUGAGGUCUCUGCGGUUACUACAGAAGCAGGCUACAUUGACAGUACGAUCGUCAGAACGCCAGAAUCAGUGCCUGAGGAUCCACCUCGGAAUUUGGCAACGGGCAACAUCACAGAAAACUCUUUCUCCAUUUCCUGGGAUCCACCAAGUAUAGUAACAGGAAAAUUUAGUUAUAGAGUUGAAUUGUAUGGCCCAGCUGGUCGUAUUUGGGAUAAUAGCACAAAGGACCUUAAAUUCACAUUUACUAAUCUGACACCAUUUACAACAUAUCAUGCCUAUAUUGGUGCUGAGACCAGUGCAGGAAUUGGACCCAAGUCAAAUCUGUCCAUCUUCACUCCUCCAGAUGUUCCAAGUGCAGUAUUUGACUUACAACUUUUAGAAGUUGGAGCCACAUUAAUAAGCAUUACUUGGAAGAAACCACGACAACCCAAUGGAAUCAUUAGUCAAUAUCGGGUACAAGUAUUCAUUUCAGAGACAGGAAUUAUUUUGGAAGAUACCUUGCUUACGGGAAAAGAUGAGCUUAUGGGUGACUCCCUGACUCCAGAAACCGAGGCUCUAAUAAAUGAAGUGACCACAUCAUACGAAGGCUCAGCAGAGAUGUUUUCCAACAUGGCAGCAGGUUCUCCAGUUCUUUUUUCCAGCCUUUCUCAAAAUAGCAUUCCCCAAGCAAAUGGAAAUGAAGAACUUUAUUCAACAACUGGAACAGCAAGUGAUCAGUAUUUCACCGACAUUUCAGCUGAACAGCUGUCUUAUGUUGUAAAGAGGCUUGUACCUUUCACCGAAUAUACGAUCAGCGUGUCUGCUUUCACAAUUAUGGGAGAAGGACCACCAACCAUUCUCAGUGCCAGGACAAGUGAGCAAGUGCCAAGCUCCAUACAAUCUAUAAACUAUAAAAAUAUUAGCUCAUCAUCUAUUUUGCUAUAUUGGGAUCCACCAGAAUAUCCCAAUGGAAAAAUAACUCAUUAUACAAUCUAUGCCAUGGAACUGGAUACAAACAGAGCAUUCCAGAUGACCACUCUAGAUAACAGCUUUCUUAUCACAGGCUUGAAGAAAUACACAAAGUAUAAAAUGAGAGUGGCUGCUUCAACCAAUGUUGGGGAGAGUUCUUUGUCUGAAGAAAAUGAUGUUUUUGUGCGAACCCCAGAAGAUGAACCAGAAUCACCACCUCAAGGUGUUGAGGUUGUAGAUGUGACUCCUACAGAAAUAAAACUGAAGUGGUUGCCACCUGAAAAACCUAAUGGAAUCAUCAUCUCCUACGAAGUCAUUUACAGAAAUACAGACCAUUUGUUCUUUAAAAACUCUUCAACAACAAAUCUCAUUCUGAGUGACUUAAAACCUUAUACCCUUUACAACAUUUCUGUAAGGUCUUACACUAGACUCGGUCAUGGCAAUCAGUUAUCAUCUUUGCUGUCUGUAAGGACUUUAGAAACUGUUCCUGACAGUGCACCUGAAAAUAUCACCUAUCGGAAUGUUUCUUCUGAAGAAAUUGAGCUCUCAUUCCUUCCUCCAGUAAUUCCCAAUGGGAUCAUACAGAAAUAUACCAUCUAUCUCAGAAGGAAUAAUGAAAAUGAAGAAACAACUAUAAACACAACGAAGCUGUCACAGAACAUUAGAGGACUGAAGAAAUAUACUCAUUACACAGUUGAGGUGUCUGCAAGUACCCUUAAAGGAGAAGGAGUCCGAAGUACGCCUAUAACUAUACUGACUGAAGAAGAUGCUCCUGGUUCUCCUCCACGAGACUUCUCAGUAAAACAGUUGUCUGGUGUCACGGUGAAGUUGUCAUGGCAACCACCCCUGGAGCCAAAUGGAAUUAUCCUCUAUUACACAGUUUAUGUCUGGGAUAAAUCAUCACGGAAAGCUAUUAAUGUAACUGAAACAUCAUUGGAAUAUGCAGAUUUGGAAAAUAAUAUUAAAUACAAUGCCUAUGUCACAGCAAGCACAAGAUUUGGUGAUGGAAAAAUUAAAAGUAACCUCAUUAGUUUUAGGACGCCGGAGGGAGCACCCAGUGAUCCACCAAAAGAUGUCCAUUAUGCAAACCUCACUUCUUCAUCAAUUAUUCUUUUUUGGGAUCCUCCUUCAAAGCCCAAUGGGCUUAUACAAUACUAUUCUGUUUAUUACCAAAAUAAUUCAGGUACUUUUAUGCAGAAUUUCACUCUCCAUGACAUAGUCAGUUUCUCCGACAAUAUGACUAUGUCUGCAGUAAUAGAAAAUUUGGCAAUAUUCAGCUACUAUGUAUUCUGGGUGACAGCAAGUACUUCAGUUGGAAAUGGGAACAAAACCAGUGAUGCAAUUCAAGUAUACACAGAUCAAGACAUACCAGAAGGGCUUGUUGAAAACUUGACUUAUGAAACUCUUUCAUCAACUGCAAUAAAUGUCAGCUGGUUCCCACCAUCUCAGCCAAACGGUCUAGUCUUCUACUAUGUUUCACUGAGCUUACAAGGAAACCCACGUAGAACAAGACCACCUCUGAAAACUUAUGAGAGGAGCCUGGUUUUUGACAAACUGAAAAAAUACACUGACUAUAUAUUAAAAGUCACUCCAGCAACAGAAAAGGGAUUCUCUGAUUUGUAUACAGCCCAACUACACAUCAAAACUGAAGAAGAUGUCCCAGACUCUUCACCAGUAAUCAACACUUUUAAAAACCUUUCUUCUACCUCAGUUUUUUUGUCCUGGGAUCCCCCAGUACAGCCAAAUGGUGCUAUAAUAAGUUAUGAUUUAACUUUAGAUGGACCAAAUGAAAGCUAUUCUUUUACUACCUCUGAAAACUCUAUCAUACUGGACGAGCUCUCACCAUUUACACUAUAUAGCUUUUUUGCUGCCGCAAGAACCAGAAAAGGACUUGGUCCUUCUUCUACACUCUUUUUUUACACAGAUGAGGCAGCGCCACUAGCACCACCACAGAAUUUGACUAUAAUCAAUUACACUUCUGACUCAGUGUGGCUAACAUGGAACCCAAGUCCUCUUCCAAGUGGUGUUGUUAAAGUUUAUAAUAUUAAAAUUCAUGAGAAUGAAACAGAUACUAUAUUUUAUCAGAACGUUUCCGGUUUUCAAACUGAAGCUAAAAUUGUUGGAUUGGAACCAAUCACUGCCUAUUCAGUUAGUGUAUCAGCAUUUACAAGAGUUGGAAAUGGCAAUCAUUUCAGUAAUAUUGUACUAUUCACAACACAAGAAUCAGUUCCAGAUGUUGUUCAGAAUGUUCAUUGUACUGCCAUCAGUUGGCAGUCAAUUCUACUCAAGUGGGAUCCCCCUAAAAAGGCAAAUGGAAUAAUUACGCAUUAUAUCAUAACAGUUGAAAGGAAUUCUACCAAAAUAGCUGCACAAGAGCAUAUGCACAAUUUCAAAGAACUUCUAUCAAAUACUCCUUAUGUGUUUAAAAUACGAGCCUCUACAUCUGCUGGGGAAGGAAAAGAGGAAAUAUGCAAUGCUAGUACAUUACAUGAAACAGUUCCCAGUGCUCCCAGAAAUGUUACUUUUUCUGAUGUCCAAGCAACUAGUGUAACUUUGACAUGGAUAACACCAGAUUCUAUUCUUGGCUAUUUUCAAAACUACAAGAUUACUGUCCAACUAAGGUGUCCACAGUGCAAUGACUGGGAUCCUGAGGAGUGCAUAGAACAAAACCAAAAUCACUACCUGUAUGAACCUGAUCUUCUUGAGGAGACCAUACAUGGACUGAAGAAAUUCCGAUGGUAUCGAUUCCAGGUAGCUGCUAGUACCAAUGCUGGCUAUGGCAAUACUUCAAAUUGGAUUUCCACAAAAACUCUCCCUGGUCCUCCAGAUGGGCCUCCUGAAAAUGUAAAUGUAGUAGCUACCUCACCUUACAGUAUUAAUAUCAGUUGGAAUGAACCUGCUGCUCUCACUGGACCAACCUUCUACCUUAUAGACGUUAAGUCGGUUGAUAGUGACGAAUAUAAUGUUUCUUUUGUCAAGGCAAAUGAGGAAAACAAAACCAUAGAGAUUAUGGAUUUAAAAGUAUUUACAAGGUACUCUGUAGUUAUCACUGCAUUUACCGGAAACAUCAGUUCAGCCAAUAUAGAUGGCAAGGCAAGCGCUCAAGUCAUUGUUACCACAUUAGAAUCAGCACCAAAAGACCCACCAAACAACAUGACAUUUCAGAAGAUUCCUGACGAAGUCACAAAAUUCCAGCUAACUUUCCUUCCUCCAUCUGAACCUAAUGGAAAUAUCCGAGUAUAUCAAGCUUUGGUGUACCGAGAAGAUGACCCCACUGCUUUCCAGAUACACAAUCUGAGUAUCAUCCAGAAAACAGACACAUCAGUCAUCGCAAUGUUAGAAGGAUUAAAAGGAGGCCACACAUAUAAUAUAAGUGUGUAUGCUGUCAAUGGGGCUGGUGCGGGGCCCAAAGCUCAGAUGAGAAUAACAAUGGAUAUUAAAGCACCAGCAAGACCUAAAAAUAAGCCGAUCCCAGUCUAUGAUACAACUGGAACUGUGCUCGUUACUUCAAAAACCAUUACAAUCAGAAUGCCAAUAUGUUAUUAUAAUGAUGAUCAUGGGCCCAUCAAAAAUGUUCAAGUCCUGGUUUCAGAAACAGGAGCUCAACAUGAUGUAAAUAUUACAAAGUGGUAUGAUGCCUACUACAAGAAGCCAAGGCCAUAUUUUGCAAAUGAAGGCUUUCCCAACCCACCCUGCACAGAAAAGUUACAGCUUAGCAGCCAUGAUGAUGUAUAUGUCAUAGGUGCUGAUAAUACAUGUAUGAUACCAGGCAAUGAAGAGAAAAUUUGCAAUGGCCCUCUGAAACCAAGAAAGCAAUACGUAUUUAAAUUUAGAGCAACAAAUAUUAUGGGACAAUUUACUGACUCUGAUUAUUCUGACCCAGUAAAGACAUUAGGUGAAGGACUGUCAGAAAGGACUGUAGAAAUCAUUCUUUCCGUCACCUUGUGUAUCCUCUCCAUAAUUCUCCUGGUGGCUGCUAUUUUUGCAUUUGCAAGAAUUCGACAGAAACAGAAAGAGGGGGGCACAUACUCUCCCCGAGAUGCAGAGAUUAUUGACACCAAAUUCAAGCUAGAUCAGUUUAUCACAGUGGCAGACCUGGAGCUGAAGGAUGAGAGAUUAACUCGGUUACUUAGUUAUAGAAAAUCCAUCAAGCCAAUAAGCAAGAAAGCCUUCCUGCAACAUGUCGAAGAGCUCUGCACAAACAACAACCUAAAGUUUGAAGAAGAAUUUUCGGAGCUUCCUAAAUUCCUCCAGGAUCUUUCUUCUACUGAUGCUGACCUGCCUUGGAAUAGAGCAAAGAACCGCUUCCCAAACAUAAAACCAUAUAAUAACAACAGAGUGAAACUAAUAGCAGAUGCCAGUGUACCAGGCUCUGAUUACAUCAAUGCCAGUUAUGUAUCUGGCUACUUAUGUCCAAAUGAAUUUAUUGCUACCCAAGGACCAUUACCUGGAACAGUAGGGGAUUUUUGGCGAAUGGUCUGGGAAACCAGAGCAAAAACUUUAGUGAUGUUAACACAGUGUUUUGAAAAAGGACGAAUCCGAUGCCAUCAAUAUUGGCCAGAAGACAACAAACCAGUGACUGUAUUUGGAGAUAUAGUGAUUACCAAAGUAUUAGAAGACAUUCAGAUUGAUUGGACCAUCAGAGAUCUGAAAAUUGAAAGGCAUGGAGAUUGUAUGACAGUUCGACAGUGUAACUUUACUGCUUGGCCUGAACAUGGGGUUCCUGAAAAUAGUGCACCGUUAAUUCACUUUGUGAAGUUAAUUCGAGCAAACCGAGCCCAUGACACCACACCAAUGGUUGUUCAUUGCAGUGCUGGAGUUGGAAGAACUGGAGUUUUUAUUGCUCUGGACCAUUUAACACAACAUAUAAAUGACCAUGAUUUUGUGGAUAUAUACGGACUUGUAGCAGAACUGAGAAGUGAGAGAAUGUGCAUGGUACAGAACCUGGCACAAUACAUUUUUUUGCACCAAUGCAUUUUGGAUCUAUUAUCAAGUAAGGGAAGUCAUCAGCCCAUCUGUUUUGUGAAUUAUUCAGCCCUUCAGAAGAUGGACUCUUUGGAUGCCAUGGAAGGUGAUGUUGAGCUUGAAUGGGAAGAAACCACCAUGUAA